AUGCAUUCCCAACAAGAUCAAGCACCAGAGUUUCAAAAAGUCAAAAAGCAGCCUGUGAAUGAAUAUAAAGGUAAAGUCAACGUUAAAACUACGAUUGUUCAAGGAAAUACUGAAAAAUCUAAGCGAGUUAUCGAUUAUUAUCUUUCAUCAAUCACUUUAAAAGGCAAUAUUGAAUUUUCAAAUAAUAUUGCAUUUGGUGCAGGAAUUUCAACAAGAUCUGGCAGUGCAAUAUUUACUUCAUAUACUGCUCUAUCUGUUGCGACUGAUUCUAAUCUCAAAGUUCAUCAAAAUACAGCGACUGUUGGAGGAGGACUUUGUCACAUUGCUUCUGCAGUUUAUCUAGAAAAAUCGAAUAUCUUCAGUAAUUCUGCUUUUAGGUAUGGUGGUGGAAUCUAUUUUCAAGGAGAACAUACAUUAUCUCCAGAUAUUAAGCUCAUUUGCAAUGGAGAAUGCAAUAUUCAUUCUAACACAGCCUUAGAAUAUGGAGGAGGAAUCUGUUUCUCUACAGCCAAAGAAGCUUAUUUUGAUAAUUCCAAAAUAUACUCAAACAUUGCUUCAUUUGCUGGAUGA